CGCGCCAAGCCCCGGGGACCUGAGGCUUUAGGCUCUGCGGACACAGCUCGGGUGCCGGCGAGGGCACAGCAUGGGCAGAGGCUUCUGGACUGCGCGAUGAGCGGAGGCAGGUAACUUCCGAGUCUGCAGACAAGAGGGGAAGAUGAAGGAAGACUGUCCGCCCAGUUCUCACGUCCCCAUCAGCGACAGCAAGUCCAUCCUGAAGUCAGAGCUCUUAAGCUUGCUAAAAACUUACAACUGCUACCAUGAGGGCAGAAGCUUUCAGCUGAGACACCGAGAGGAAGAAGGCGCUUUGAUCAUCGAGGGACUUCUCAACAUUGCCUGGGGACUGAGGCGGCCUAUCCGGCUCCAGAUACAGGACGACAGGGAGCGAGUGCACCUCUCCUCAGCCUCCUGGACACCCGGACAGCCCGGCUGCCCCCUAAAGGAGCCACUUCUUCAGGAUGGCAGGGUCCCUGCCCAGGAGCCAAGUACUCAGACAGCACCCAGAGCCGAGAGUUCCAGACACAGCUCAGAGCCCCUGGAGGAGGACGAGGAGACGCCCCAGCUGAUGCGGACCAAGAGUGACGCAGCUUGUGUGAUCCAGAGGAGGCCCCGGGCCCGCGCACCCGGCGAGGCCCAGAGGAUCCGGCGACAUCGCUUCUCCAUCAAUGGGCACUUUUACAACCACAAGACCUCGGUGUUUACUCCUGCCUAUGGGUCCGUGACCAACGUGAGGGUCAACAGCACCAUGACAACUGUGCACGUGCUCACCCUGCUGCUGAACAAGUUCCGAGUGGAAAACGGCCCCAGUGAGUUUGCGCUCUACAUUGUUCACGAGUCUGGGGAGCGAACAAAAUUAAAAGACUGUGAGUACCCACUGAUUUCCAGAAUCCUGCACGGGCCAUGUGAAAAGAUCGCCAGGAUAUUCCUGAUGGAAGCCGACCUGGGCGAGGAAGUUCCCCACGAUGUCGCUCAGUACAUUAAAUUUGAAAUGCCGGUGCUGGACAGUUUUGUUGAAAAAUUAAAAGAAGAGGAGGAAAGAGAAAUAAUCAAACUGACCACGAAGUUCCAAGCCCUGCGUCUGACGAUGCUGCAGCGCCUGGAGCAGCUGGUGGAGGCCAAGUAGCCAGCCAGCGCCGGCCUCUUCGGAAGCCCCCCAACUGCCAGUGCGCACUGAGUGUGGGGGGCCGGGCCCUGACUGGUCACACGGACUGAGAGCCACCGGCUGGGGAAUCAAGCCCCCGCGCUUCUACCUGUCUAUCUGCCUGAGUACCAUGCGCCCCGUGUCCCUGGCUCUUGGCUCCAAGCUGAGCACUCACCGGGCCCAGAGCCAGGCCUGAGGAGCCACAAAUUUGCUCGGUGGGGUCUAUGUGUGAGGCUUGCCUGGGCAGUAAGCAGCCCUGAAGCUGGGGCACUGGCCACAUUAUGUGGCUGGAUGGCGCGGCCAGUCCUGUUCGUGCCACACCUCUCUUGCUCAGGAGAGCAGUACCUGAUCGCGCCCAUGGGGUGUGCGCCCUAUCUGCUUUCCCAGUGCCUGGGCCCAGAGUUUCUGCCUGGCCAGGAACCCCUGACCUCCUCAUCCACGUGAACCGUGAGAUCCGUGUCCGGCCUCCCCUCAUGCUGCUACUCAAGACUGUGCUGGGAAAAACAGGGGCUGCCAGCAGGUAUGGGAUGUGCCCUGCUUCUGGCCUUCACUUCCCCGUGGCAUCCCUGGCCUCCAAGCCUUUGAUGCCACCCUGUGAGCAUCACGCAGCCUAGCACCCUGGCAGCAGAGGUCAGACCCAGGAUAAGACCAUGAGCCUCCUGUCGUCUCUCUGCAGCACUGGCUUCUAACUUUCUCUUGGGACCUGAAGAAUUCUUAUAAGGAGCUUGCUGCAGGUAACAUGGCACUUCGAUCACAUAGAGGAGGAGGCCCACAUGGCACUGGAAGGGUGCCAGCCCAUGCGCAGCAGAGUCCGUGGCUCAGGCAGUGGCUCAGGAAGGCAAUGCUCAGUCCCCAUCACAGCUGUCCCUUGGAUGCCCAUGUGCCUCUUGCUCUUCCUGGGCUUAUUCCUUCACUCUCUACACUUCCCGUCAAGGGGGCACAAUGAGGAGAAAUAUCUAUUUGAGGAGAAAGGGCUUUGAAUUCCCUGCGGCCAGAACAGUUUGGAUUUGUCAGCUGAUGGAGAAUUUCUGGAAUGAACGGGAAGGCCUUUGCAAAACUAUGCAACAGUUUACAUUGGUUAUGUGAAGUGUUUGUCCAAAACAGAGCAAGUUAAAGACCAAAUUCUUUUCCCACUGGGGCCUGUGGAUAGUGGAUUUAAUGAGAAGAACUGUAAAGUCUUCCAAAUAUAAAAGACAGUCCAGCUCUGCUCCAUGCAAUGGCUCCUUCCUGGCACCCAUAAAGAGCAGAGCCUGGGAGCAGCCAUGCUGUGUGGAGCCACUGUUCCAGGUGAACUUCAUGCCAGGAUUUCCCUGGCCUAGCUCCAUUGUCACAGAGACAUGCAGCAGUGCCCCAGGGAGAUCCCCGGCAGUAUCUGUCAUCUCUGCUCUCCCUCCCUUUCCUAGUUUCCUAGGAGCUCAAUAAAGGUGCACUGUAUUGAACUGAAGGAGUUCGGACCAAGCCUUCUUUUUGCCUAUGUGUCCACCCUGACUCCCAGCUCUAACCUGCAAAACUUUUAUCCUACAACAUGUGUGGCCACAUUUAGCAAAAGGGCCAAAGCUGAGCCACAGCCUGCUGCUCUGGACCCCAACAUGACUCCUGUCCUGAGGACUAGUGUGGGGUCUGAGGACAAAGGCAGCCAAAGGGCACAGAGGAAGAAUCAUUGGUGGGGUCUGUGGGCAGCCUGGAGGAUGAGCAAUAGGAUCACCCUGAUUCACAGAAUCUCAGCAUCAGGAGGACCAUAGGAAUCUUCCAGGCAGGGGCUCAGAUGGGACAGCAAUAGCACCUCAGAGAGGGUAGAAAACAAAUCAAACAGGCUUCCCCAGGUUGUUCUACUCCCCAACCCAUAUUUAUAAGCUCAGGUCUAGUUCAACUGCCAAUCCAUUAUUCGGCAGUAAUCUUGCCAGGCUGGUGCUCAGUCCUUUGCCAGACAAAGACAGAGCCACGGUUCACCUCAAUAGGAGGUAUUCAGCGUUAUCCUCAAUUGGAGAAGCAGGCUGGAUACCUGGGAGGGUCAGGGGACCAACAGAGGAUAGAGAUGGUGUAGGUCCCUGGAAGGAGGCCUGAAGGCUGAGCCCAGAUUGGAAUAGGUGGCUUUCUAGCCUGAGAAACACCUGCCAGCUUAGGAGCAGGACGGGGCCCUGCACAUGGGAAGCUAUCAGAUCAGGAGCCCCUCUAAAAGCACUCAUUGGUUUUGUUUUACAGUUGUUUCAUGUUUAGGAUUUUUUUUCUUUUUUGCAACUGUUUCAAUAUUAUUUAGGGCCUGCCUAGAUAAGCAUCACUUUUGAAAUAGAUAUUAUCAAAACUAACUUCUGAAUAUCAUAGCUAAGAAAAAUCACAAGUAAGUUACACAGGAAAGAGAGAAAUGUACACUUCUACAGUCAUCCUAGGGGUUAGUUAGCCAAUCUUUUUAUCAACAGUAUAUUUGCUUUUCAGAGGCAAUUUGAAAAGCUGCUAAUUCAGCUCACCGUGCCACCACAAUUGCAGACUUUCUCUGCUAGGCUCUGUGGUUUUCUGCUGGUUUAUGUGGGAGCUCUAUUUUCCUCUCUCUACAGAGCUGACAGUAUUUCUCAUAUGCUCCCUCACUAACUAGUAUCUCAGGCAAUAAAAGCAUCCAAAAACAAAGUGCAGAUUCCUGUGAGUCAAUGUCCUCUCCUAAAACAGGACUGUCUUCCCAGGCCAGGUCUCAGGAACCAGAGAAAAUAAUAAACACAGGAUGAAAUCUACAUGAUUGCAAAAGAAGGAC